UGAUUGAUGCGCACAAUAUAUAUUUUUUGAUUCAUCACCCAACUUUUUUGGUUUGUUUGUUUUUUCUUCUUCACCUCCACAGAAAGAGAGGCUUGACAAAGUUUAAACCUUUCAUCUUCAUGUACCCAAUUUUGCUUUGCUGAGGUGAAAAAAAAAAACCCCCGAGGAAGAGAGAGCGAGAGAGACAAGUUACUUACUUGGGCCAUAUUAGCUUUGCAUUUUAAUUGGUAACACAGUAACACUACUACAGUUGGGUUUUGAGAUUUUCUUCUUGUGAAAUUGUGGUGUUAAAAGGAGAAAGCUUUUACGUAGAUCCGCCGUAUUUGUUUGCAUUUUGUCAUCUAAUCAGGUAAUCGUUGGUUUUAUCUGGAAUUUUUUUGAUUUUGGGUUUUGCUCAGAAGUUUGGUUUCACGAUCUGGGGGGGGCUUUAUCUUCAGAAAAUCCUUUUUCUCGGGUCUCUGUUUUUUUUUUUUUUGUAUUUGAAGCCUGUGUGUGUCCCAACCUUUGAUGUGAUGUGUGAUUUUAGUUGGUCAAGUUGUCCUUUUGAGUUUACACUGUCAGUAUACUACUUAAAAGUCUGGGAAUUUGGGUUCUGAUUUUGAUAAAUGAAGCUGAUUUUGUUUGAAUUUCAUGAAAUUACAGUUUUUGAUUGACCAAAGAGUAGAGUAAGAGUGUUGAUGAAAAUGUUAGAAUUUGGUCUUCUGGUUUAGAUGGCAACACCACCGGUACUGGCUCCUACGGAAGAGGUCUCACCGCCUACUGCUCCAUUGGCGUCGCCUCCGACAUUGUCACCGCCUACUCCAUCAUUGGCGUCGCCUCCGACAUUGUCCCCGCCUCUUCCAAUGGUCUCACCUCCACCGCAGCCGUCGUCUCCCGGUGAUGAUGCUACUUCCCCAAGUAGAGAACCCAUUAAUGGCAAUUCACCGGAGACCCUAAUCACUCCAGCUCAAUCUCCUCCUCCUCCUCCUCCUCGGGCUCCGGUGACUCCAGUAUCAUCCCCACCACCAGAACCUUCUCCCUCACUACCUCCACCAAGUGUAGCUCCUACAUCACCUGACCCGCCAAUAAGCGUAUUACCACCACCUAAGAGCUCUCCCCCUCCACCUGAUCAGCCUACCCUAAUCACUCCAGCUCAAUCUCCUCCUCCUCCUCCUCCUCGGGCUCCGGUGACUCCAGUAUCAUCCCCACCACCAGAACCUUCUCCCUCACUACCUCCACCAAGUGUAGCUCCUACAUCACCUGACCCGCCAAUAAGCGUAUUACCACCACCUAAGAGCUCUCCCCCUCCACCUGAUCAGCCUGUCAUUUUACCCACUCCGUCACCCUCGAUACCAUCAGUUCCGCCACCGGAAGCCACUCCUUCACAACCUGCACCAGACUUACCAAGAUUUUCACCUCCACCGCCUACAUUAGUCCCACCAUCACAUUCAUCUCCACCUCAGCCAUCACUUCCUCCUCCACGUCGUUCUCCUUCGCCACCAGCCUCAGAACGUCCUCCUCCCUCACAUGAUCCGAAACAUCCCCCUCCUCCACGAGAUUCAGAACGUCCUCCUCCUCCACGUGAUCCUCAACGUCCUGAGAAACCUCCUCCACCGGAUUCCAAACGUCCUGUGCAUCCAUCACCUCCUCCAAGGGACUCAAAACGUCCUGUGCAUCCUUCACCAAAGGAAAUUACCCCAUCUCCCAAGUCAUUACCCUCACCACCCUCAGUUGUAUCCCCGCCUUCGCCUCCUCAAAACUCUGUGCCAGGUUCUACUAAUCCAUCUCCAAACAACCCUACUCCUGUCACAGAUAAUUCCAGCAUCAGUUCCGGUAUUAGUACAGCGGCUGUCGUGGGUGCAAGUAUUGGAGUGGCCCUAGUGCUGCUUUGUCUUAUUGGACUUGUUGUGUGGUGCUUGAAGAGACGUAAAAAGAGGCCCUCAACCAUUGGUGGUGGCUAUGUUAUGCCAACGCCUAUGGAUUCCUCUCCAAGAUCAGAUUCAGCGCUUCUAAAGACACAGUCAUCUGCACCUCUAGUGGGAAAUCGUUCGAGCAAUCGAACAUAUUUUUCACAGUCAGAACCUGGUGGUUUUGGUCAAUCGAGGGAACUGUUUUCAUAUGAAGAACUUGUCAUAGCAACGAAUGGAUUCUCUGAUGAAAAUCUAUUGGGUGAAGGUGGAUUUGGUCGUGUGUAUAAAGGAGUCUUGCCAGAUGAAAGAGUGGUUGCUGUGAAACAAUUAAAAAUAGGUGGAGGACAAGGUGACCGAGAGUUCAAAGCUGAGGUUGAGACCAUAAGCAGGGUUCAUCACCGGAAUUUGCUUUCUAUGGUUGGAUACUGCAUUUCUGAGAGCCGGAGAUUGCUUAUUUAUGAUUAUGUCUCUAACAACAACCUUUACUUCCAUCUUCAUGCCGCAGGAACUCCAGGUGUAGACUGGGCAACACGUGUUAAAAUUGCUGCUGGUGCGGCUCGUGGACUAGCUUAUCUCCAUGAAGAUUGUCAUCCUCGUAUCAUACAUAGGGACAUCAAAUCAUCCAACAUUCUUUUAGAGGAUAACUUUCACGCCCUGGUUUGUGAUUUUGGCCUUGCAAAGCUAGCUCUUGAUUGUAACACACAUAUUACAACUCGGGUUAUGGGAACAUUCGGAUACAUGGCUCCUGAAUAUGCAUCAAGUGGCAAAUUAACAGAGAAAUCAGAUGUGUUCUCCUUUGGGGUUGUUCUACUAGAGUUGAUCACUGGACGUAAGCCCGUGGAUACAUCCCAGCCUCUAGGAGACGAGAGCCUUGUUGAAUGGGCUCGUCCUUUGCUUAAUCAUGCCAUUGAAACCGAAGAGUUUGCAGCUCUAGCAGAUCCCAAGCUGGCUAAAAACUAUGUUGGUGUGGAAAUGUUUAGAAUGGUUGAAGCAGCUGCAGCCUGUAUUCGCCAUUCAGCUGCAAAGAGACCUCGAAUGAGUCAAAUUGUGAGAGCUUUCGACAGUCUAGCUGAGGAAGACCUCACCAAUGGGAUGAGACUAGGGGAAAGCGAAAUCAUCAACUCAGCUCAGCAGUCUGCAGAGAUUAGAUUAUUUAGGAGAAUGGCUUUUGGCAGCCAAAAUUACAGUACAGAUUCUUUCACUCGUAGUAGUUAUAUAAGCAAAGAUGAAAACGUGUAAAUAUCAGCAACAAAACAAAAUGCAUAAUGAUUUUUCCGAGAAAGAGAUCUUGAUUAACUUCAGA